AUGGAUAUAGAUCUUCCUUUUGGUGACGGUAUCUCCAGGCGUAAAGAUCAUUUACACGCAGAAAUCUCAUCGCUUUUAUCACGAUUGUUGCUGAGUGAAAAUGCAAGUACUAGCCAUCUCAAUGCCAUAGGCGUCAAACUUAAUAGCAGAAUUGAUGAGUUUGAAACAUCACCAAGUCUUUUAGAUUCGAAGUUGAACGACCACAUCAAGGCAAUUGCUGAAAAGUUCUUGAUUGUGGGAACAAAGUCACAUGAAAAUGCAUUUACUAGAUCGCUAGCUCAGGUGGUGUAUUGCUUUGCCAAGGUUCGUGGCUAUAAAGUCGUCACCAAUUGCUUUCCUAGUGAUGUGUACUCGCUCAAUGAUCUCUACUUGCACUAUUCCGAUGAAAAAAAUGACGAAAACGAGAUUUAUAUGUUAUCGUUGUGGCUAUCAAAUAUAGUCCUAGCACCUUUUCCACUAGAGAAAGUGCAACCUGAUAUAAUUCCCAAGCUUGUCUCAACUGCCAGUAAGAAAUUGUGUUCAUCUUAUGCUUCAAAGUCACAAAUCGGAGCCCUGGUGCUACUUUCACGCAUUGUCACCAGACCGGAUUCUUUUCGAAAUGGUACCCUUCCACAAUUUUAUGAAAACUAUAUUCUUCCCACAUGGCUGAUGGGAUUAGAUAAUGAAACACAGAAGCUAGGCUAUCUGAUGGUGCUAAACAAGAUACUCAAAUUGGCCACUUUGGAAUCUGGUCAAUACAUUUCUGAUUUGGUGUUUCGUGACAUUCUAUUACUAGACUCAAUGUACUUGGAUAUCACCCGCCCAAACGGCCUAAGGUUGCUCUACUUUGUUAAGCUUCUGACCAGAAUUGCACAGUCCUUUUUAUCAUGUGGUAGAUAUCAAGAUGUGUCCAAAAUCAUCACCAUACAAGUUCAGCAGAUUAUGGGCCUGUCCUCAUCUUUCGACACCAAGCUCAGAUAUAGCACGGCAAAAGCUUUAGCCUCGAUAUCCCGGUCCCUUUUGAGUAAGGCUGUGAAUUAUCACGACCAAUUGAUUCAAUUUCUAUUUAAGCAGUUCACUACAAACUCACUGAUUCAAAUGGUCUCUCAAAGCUUCACCAGAACCAUUGAAGUGGAUGACGCUGUGACUGCAAUUCACAGAAUACACACACUACUUUUAUUCUUUGGGCUUAUAGCGAUGAACAAAUCAUUGCCCAUCGACACAAUUCCACUUGUCUUGAGUGUUGUCCACAAAUAUUUGUUCUUUGAAUCAUAUCUGGGCUCGAGUGAACUAGGUCUGCCGGUAAGAGAUGCUUCGUGCUUUGUCCUAUGGGCUAUCAUUCGCCUUUUGACACCUGAACUGGCCCAGAAGCUUGAGACAAAGAAUCCGCAGAUGUUUUUGACCAUCUUUCAAGAUGUAUUGAAGGUAUCAAUAUUCGACAGAGAUUUGAUAAUUCGACGUUGCGGGAUAUCUGUGGUCCAGGAGCUUAUAGGUCGUCACGGCAGACUUUGUCUUGACCAAAGUGGUUCAGAACGCUUAGGGGAGACAAGCAUCAAAGUCAUUGAGUUGAUGACCUUUAAGGCCAUUUCAGAGUCUCAAAAAACCUUCGUUCUCGUAGAAGAGUUACUCAAGCUUGACAUAUGUUCAGAUGAGCUCUUGUCACCGAUACUCAAGAACAUUCUUGAGGAAGAUGUUGAUUUCAAGUUACAGAAACGAUGUAUCAGAACUUUCAUCAAUGUUCUUGAUAAUGAAAAUGUUUCCGACGAUAUGAUGUCAAACUUCUUUCAAAAACUAUCUCAAAUGUACAAUGAGCAUUCAGAUCACAUUCACUAUUCUAUAGUGGCUCUUGCAUUCAAUUCAGAAAGUGCUCGUCGCAUUAUAUUAAAAGCGGGCCAUUCCUUUCAUUCAGAAUUAUCAAAAAACCUAAAGGUGAUUACAGCAAUCAAAGCAGAGACGUAUCUCCUAUACCUAGUGCUUUGUAAGACUUUAGGCAUUGAUUUCGAUUCCACUCGAGCCUGGCACGAUGUUUCGGUGAUUACAAUGAAUGUUGACUCCGACGAUCUUGAUUGCCUUCUACAGCAAUAUUUGAGUCUUUGUGAAACACUUUCAGACCAAGAUUAUGAUGCGGCUCUCGAGUUGAUAGAGCAUGGGGACAGGGCUUUUGCUAAAAGUAUCAGCUCUAUAAAAUGUUCACAGUACCAAGCUGACAGGCUUGUGAACUUGCUCCAUAAAGACAAGUUAUCUUGCGCUUUGAAAGCUCUCAUUCUAGACAGCUUUCCAUUGCACUUUCCAUUGCAUAAAAACGAUCAUUCCAAUUUAAUGGGUAUCUUGAAGUGCCUCGACAACUAUACAAGAACAGAACAAGGAGAUGUCGGAUCUGAGGUUCGUUAUUCAACUAUUCAGCUAAUUCAAGCGCACAGGCCAAUUUUUGAACCAUUGGCAUUAGAGUUGGAUAAGCGACUCGUUCGCAUCAGUGGUGAACAAAUUGAUAGAUUGAGAGUCAAGGCGUUCGAACUUAUGGUGGGUGAGAAGGAGGUAUUUGAUCUGUCACUAGGAUAUUUCACUCGCUUAUUUGAAUAUUAUAGAAGUGUGGUUCUUGAAGAACAUGAAUCCACAUUAUCUGUGCCGUUCUGGAGAGGAAUUGUCUUCAGUGCUGCUGCCAUACGUGGUCCCAGCGAUGUUAUCAAUGCCUCCUUUAAAGCAAUGUUGGUAUUUUUCAGACAAAUUACGCCCAGCAGAGUAUCGUCUGUAUUUCAAAGCAUCCUACAGAUUCUUUUAGUUCCAAAGGAUAUGCCAUUACAACAGCAGUCAUCACGAGCAAUUAGUACUUACACAAAUACCUUGAAUCUAUUUGUGAAAUUGUUUGAAUCAGGUUUCGAAUUUCCAUCUGAUUUUGACUACCAGAGGCUAUACAUUCGAAGUUAUAAUCUUCACAUUAAUACCACUAAUGUGAUGCGGAUAAAGUUGGUUUUAAGAAUACUCUUAUUCCUAAGUAUGCCAGAAUAUGGUAGCAUGCGUGAUGCAAGAAAGCGUUUAUGUUGGAUAGCAUGCAAGCAUUCGAAUACUUAUAUUCGAAAUUCGGCAGCAAAUUGUCUUUACGAACUAGCUUUACAAAUGGAAGCGAAAAUUGACACGCUCCAUGUACUAGAGUCUUGUGAUUGGAAUGAUGUACAAAAGCUGAGUCUACAACUAAAGAUUAUGGAACCCAUAUUUAUUAACCUUUAA